AUGGCAGAAAAUCAUGUGCAACCACCACAGAGGACACUGGGAGAGUACAUGACUCCCACUGUCAUUCCACCAAUUGGGAGUGUUGUUAGACCUACAGUGAAGCCCAACAAUUUCGAAUUGAAGCCUGCACUAGUACAGUUGGUGCAGAAGGAACAAUUUGUUGGGACCAGUGCAGAAGAUCCAUACCUGCAUAUUGAAUUUUUUUUACUGUUGAGUGAUACUGUGAAAAUCAAUGGAGUGACCAGAGAUGCCAUUCUAUUGAGGUUGUUUAUUCAUUCACUGAAGGAUGAUGCCAGUAGAUGGUUACAAUCACUACCACAAGAGAGUAUCACAACUUGGGAUGAUCUGCAAAUCAAGUUCUUGGCCAAGUUCUUUUCAGCAUCCAAGAGGGCAAAGUUGAAGGAUGAGAUUACAGGGUUCAAGCAAAAAGAGUCAGAGUCUAUCUAUGAGGCUUGGGAGAGGUUCAAGACACUCUUGAGGAAAUAUGGUUCAUUGACAACCAAGACUUCUCAAGAAGCCCUUGACAUAUUUGAGUCCUUAGCAUCUCAGGAGUUUGACAAUGCUCCAGUGAAUAACAAAAGAAUGGGAAUUAUAAAACUUGAUGGCUAUGAUGCUUUGUUAGCCAAGAAUGAUCAGAUGAUGCAAAUGCAGAAACAACAACAACAACUGGAUGCUUUCACUAAGCAGCUAUCUUCUCAUAAGGUUGCUUCUGUGGACACUAAUUCUGUGUGUGCCAGUUGUGGGAAAAGCCAUGUUACAGAUGAUUGUGAUUGUGGGGGACCUGCUGAACAGGCAGAAGUGAAUGGGGCAUGGUAUGAUCAGAGGAACUAUAACAACCAGGAGCGAAAGGUUUAUGUUCCAGCAUGGAAGAAUAAGAAUCAACACCCAGGGUUCAGUUACAGUUCCAUUCAUCAGUUGAAUCCUCCACUGCAUCCUCCUCCAACACACUCAUCACAGCAAAGUGAUACCUCUGCAUGGGAGAAAGCUUUUGCCCAGUUAUCAAAGACUACUCAAGAGUAUAUUCAGGGGUCAAAUUCCUUCAGAGAAGAAACUUAUGUUUUCAUGCAAGAGACAAAGACAGCAUUCAGGAACCAGGAAGCAUCUAUCCGGAUUUUGGAAACACAAAUUGGCCAGUUGUCUAGACAGAUAUCUAAUAGGCCACAGGGAAAGUUCCCUGGUGAUACCAUGGUGAAUCCAAAGGAGCACUGCAAGUCAAUCAUUACAAGAAGUGGGCUUGUGCUUCAACCGAUCAGCAAGAAAGUGGAAGAGAAGAAAGAUGAGGAGUAA